GGCUGUUGUGUAUAUUUGUGUCCUGGCAGACAACUUUCUGUCCCCCCGCCCCGGGCCGCCCGGGCCUCUCCGGCUUAACUUUACCGGUCCCGAGUAAUGGACCGCAUGCGUUUCAAAUGUGACCGUCGCGGCAAGCGCGGCGGCGGGCGGGAUGUCUCCGAGUCAGCGGCCCAGGACGAGCGCGGCCAGGCGCGCACGGAGUCGGCGGCCCACGGACGGCCGCUGGCGCGUCGGUGGCGCCGGCUGCGGCGGAGCCGGGCCACGCGCGGCCGCGGCCCGGGUGGAGGGCGAGAGCGGGUUCGAAAGCGCGCGUGGGCGCGCCGCGCCGACGAGCGGCCGCUCGCCGUCGCGCGCGACAGCCGGGAGCGCCUCGAGGAGCGGCCGGUUCGACGCAAGGUGCGUCGCCCCCUCGAGUGCGAACGGCGCGCGACAGAGCGGGCACCGGAUGCAGCCGUCGACCCCGCCGGUCGACGCGUGCGCGCGCGCGCGCGCGAGGCACAGCGCGCACGCCACGUGGCCGCAGGGCGCGCGCGCGGCUGCGACGGGCGGCGCCAGGCAGACGGGGCACUCCUCGGUCGCGAAAACAGGUCGGCCGCAGGCCGGCGUCGGCGUCGGCGCGCGAGGAUCGUGCCACGACAGCGCGGGCGCAGGCGCCGACCCUUUGAAAUGACGGUGCGUCCGGUCGUCGCACGGGCACACGUUCCAGGCGCCCGGCGCGGCCGCGUCCAUCCAGUACAGGUCCUCGCGCGCCGCCCUCUCGUCGCCGAUCCACCAGCUGCUGCCGUCGCGCAGGAUGCAGAGCCAACUGCGGUCGACGUGCCGCCACCGCGGGGCGUCGUUUUGUGUGCCGCAGCGAGCAUAGACGCCAUUCGCCCGCGCGUCACCCGCCCCGGCGACGAGGAUUUCGCCGUCGGACGUUGGUCCGCUCGGCACGGGCGUCGUCAUGGCCCAGAGAAGCCAAUUGUGGUGUCGAGUUUCGAAUGAAAGUCAGAGCUCUGCGGUCUACGCACGCGGAUGACGCGUGUUCAGCGCCCGGAGCACACAAUCCCUCGGACGAGCACUGGUGUGCUCCCCAACUAGG